UUGAAGGUGAGGAGGAAGCUUAGUGGAAUCCACCUGCUCGAUGGAUCCAUCCGGAACCAGCUGAAUCCAUAGUUAGCAGGUGCUUCGUGGAGUCAGGGACAUGGAUCCAAGCUGAUGGUCCCCCCACCACCCAUCCAGCAGACAUGGAAGCCCCCCGGGAUGUGGUGGCCCCACCUGGACUGGUCUUUGGGAGCGUUUUGCUGCUUGGACUUGGCAUCAGCCGUGCGUGGGGAAAUGUAACCACAGAUAAAUCAAGUUUAGAGGAAAGCAGAUCCAAUAACACUACGGGACCCAAUAUUGCAGCUAUUGUGGCCCCGACAGUCACUCUGGGCGUCCUGGCCAUAGUUCUUGGUGUUCUCGGUUGGUUGUUCUGUGUGGUGAAGAAGAAAAGACAGACUGAAGGGACGUACAGACCCAGUGCUGAGGAGCAGUCCGGUGCUUGCAGUGUGGCCCCACCAGAUGCCCUCAAGCUACCAAAGGAGGAAAGACUUAUUUAAGUGCUAAAUCACUUUUGAAUAAUAGAAAAGUGGAGCAAGCGGCCAUCGUGGUUAGGUUUGUUUGUAUGGAUCGGUGACUUCUGAUCAUGUGUUGAUCCAUCUCAUGAUUCUACUUCAUCCAGCGCUCCAUGCAAUGAGGCGUCAAAACCCAACAAUGCGCAUGUCCAAGGACAAACAAGGAGCAAAUUAUGAUGUGUUUUCCUGCCACUCCAUUUCAACAACCACUAUAUUGUUCCUGCCUGGUACUGGAUGGAUCUUUUGUCAGGCAGGCCUGAAUGUCAUUUGUGCAACGCGGAAACAGGAGCUGCAGUAUUUUAUAACCACUAGAAAGAGUAGAGUAGAUUUUUAUUCUGUCAUUUGCCUUAUAAUGCAAUUCACCACAUAGCCUAUAGACGACAUGAAUUUAGAUUUUUACGGAAGAAAUCUAUUUCUGAGUUUUUUUCUUUGAUUUUAGUCCUUUAUAUUUCAGAAAAGACAAAAUAAGCACUAUUACUAUUAUUAUUUUUUUUACUAAUGCACAAAAAACACAAUCAAUACAAGUUGUGGUGAUUUGGAGUGAACUGCUGUAAUGAAAAUGAAAAUUCACAUGGAAAUUGCACAAAGCAAUAAUAAGCAAUCAAAUGUUUACACCUUUAGGUAUUUUUUAAGUCACAUUGCUGGAACUUUACAUUAAAAUAUUUGCUACAUUUGCAUGUUUUACAGUGGUUCAGCAUGUUUAUUUAUGCCUUUUCAAGUGUAUAUUAUCACUGUUGAUGAAAAAGUAAUUAAAAGGAUUAAAGAAAAGUAAACUUUCUAAAACUUGAUAAAAAAAAGCUAAAAUGGGAAUGCCAUCUUUAACCAGAAACUGUUGAAAUUAGGUAGAAAACUGAACAAAUUUGGCUUUAAAAUGUACCCUUCAAAAUAAAAGCAUGCCAAAAAGGA